GACCUGACUCGUGGAGGCAGGAACUAGCGCGGCCUGAAAAUCAUCAAAACAAAACAAAACAAAAACUUUAUUUGUCCAAAAGCGCGUAGUUUGCGGAAGGAACGCGCGCUACUCGCGACCCCGGGACCGACGGCGCAAAUAUGGCGGAACAGCCGCGACUUCAGCAGGGCCCGCCGGGAGCGGCAGGGUCGGGCUCCGGGAGCAGCGACCCGGCCCGGCCCGGCCUGAGCCAGCAGCAGUGGGCGAGCCAGAAAAAGGCGCAAGUCCGUGCUUUCCCUCGCGCGAAGAAGCUGGAGAAACUCGGAGUGUUUUCGGCUUGUAAGGCUAACGAUGCGUGUAAGUGUAACGGAUGGAAAAACCCUCACCCACCCACCGCCACGCGGAUGGAGCUGCAGCAGCAGACGGCCAGUCUGAGCGAGGCGUGCCGCAGCUGUGGCCACGCGCUGGCUGAGCAUGUGUCUCACCUAGAGAAUGUGUCAGAGGAUGAGAUUAACAGGUUGCUGGGGAUGGUGGUUGACGUGGAGAACCUGUUCAUGUCUGUACAUAAAGAGGAAGACACUGACACAAAGCAGGUCUACUUUUACCUGUUUAAGCUCCUGAGGAAGUGUAUUCUGCAGAUGGGGAGGCCUGUAGUGGAGGGGCCUCUAGGCAGCCCACCCUUUGAGAAACCCAAUAUAGAACAGGGGGUGCUAAACUUUGUGCAGUAUAAGUUCAGCCACUUGGCUCCCAAGGAGAGACAGACCAUGUAUGAGCUAAGCAAGAUGUUCCUGCUGUGUCUGAACUACUGGAAGCUGGAGACGCCCUCCCAGUUCCGCCAGCGCGCCCAGAAAGAGGAUGGCUCCGCCUACAAAGUGGACUACACCAGGUGGCUGUGUUACUGUCACGUCCCUCAGAGUAACGACAGUUUGCCGCGCUAUGAGACGUGUCAGGUGUUCGGCCGCAGCCUCCUCAAGUCCAUCUUCACUGUGACACGGAGACAACUGCUGGAGAAGUUCAGAGUGGAGAAGGACAAGCUCCCUCCAGAGAAACGCACACUUAUUCUCACACACUUCCCCAAGUUUCUUUCCAUGCUGGAAGAGGAGAUCUAUGGAGAGAACUCCCCUAUAUGGGAUGCAGACUUCACCAUGCCAGCUUCUGAAGGAGGACAGUUAGGACCACAGUCAGUGCUGAGCCCCGUUACAGUGUCAGGAUCUCCUCUCCGGAAGGGUCCUUCUGUGGACCCAGCCACCUCUGAGCCCAUCGCAGGAGAGAAGCGGAAGCUUCCGGAGGCUCUGACGUUGGAGGAUGCCAAACGCAUCAGGGUGAUGGGAGACAUCCCCAUGGAGCUGGUUAACGAGGUCAUGAUGACCAUCACGGACCCUGCAGCCAUGCUGGGCCCAGAGACGAGUCUCCUGUCGGCCAACGCAGCGCGGGAUGAGACGGCGCGUCUGGAGGAGAGACGAGGCAUCAUCGAGUUCCACGUCAUCGGGAACUCCCUCUCCCAGAAGUCCAACCAGAAAAUCCUAAUGUGGCUCGUGGGUCUUCAGAACGUCUUCUCUCACCAGCUACCCCGCAUGCCCAAGGAGUACAUCACACGCCUGGUGUUCGACCCGAAGCACAAGACACUGGCUCUGAUCAAAGACGGCCGUGUGAUUGGGGGAAUCUGCUUCCGUAUGUUCCCAACUCAGGGCUUCACCGAGAUCGUCUUCUGUGCCGUAACGUCGAACGAACAGGUCAAGGGAUAUGGCACACAUCUGAUGAACCACCUGAAGGAGUAUCACAUCAAACACAACAUUCUCUACUUCCUCACCUACGCUGAUGAAUAUGCCAUUGGCUACUUCAAGAAACAGGGCUUCACCAAAGACAUCAAAGUGCCGAAGACUCGCUAUCUUGGCUACAUUAAGGACUACGAAGGGGCCACACUGAUGGAGUGUGAGCUCAAUCCCAGAAUCCCCUACACAGAGCUGUCACACAUCAUCAAGAGACAGAAGGAGAUCAUUAAGAAGCUCAUUGAGCGUAAGCAGAGUCAGAUCAGGAAGGUGUACCCUGGGCUAACCUGCUUCAAAGAAGGAGUCCGACAGAUACCUGUGGAGAGCAUUCCUGGCAUUAGGGAGACUGGCUGGAAACCCAGUGCCAAAGAGAAAAAUAAAGAACUGAAGGAUCCAGACCUGCUCUACAACAUCCUGAAGAACCUUCUGGCCCAGAUUAAAACGCACCCUGAUGCUUGGCCAUUCAUGGAACCAGUGAAGAAGUCUGAAGCACCAGACUAUUACGAGAUCAUUCGCUUUCCCAUCGACCUGAAGACCAUGACAGAGCGGUUGAAGAACCGCUACUACGUCACCAAGAAGCUGUUCAUCGCAGACCUGCAGCGUGUGAUCACCAACUGCAGGGAAUACAACCCCCCCGACAGUGAGUACUGCCGCUGUGCCAGCACGCUGGAGAAGUUCUUCUACUUCAAACUCAAGGAGAGUGGCCUCAUUGACAAGUGAUCUGCCCAGGGGUGGAGACAAGUGACCACACCCUCAACUAGGCCCCACCCAGGGGUGGAUACAAGGGACCACACCCACACACGGGGUGGAGACAAAUGACCACACCCACUGUGUGGGGGAGUGUGAUCCGUGUCCCUCAGGGUUCUGCCCUGUGUCACUUUGAUGGGUUACUGCUCUCCGCUUUACUGGACUGGACUACACGGACUGGAUUCCCCCACCGAAAAUGACGACGACAACCUCUCUGCAUGUGACAUUCAAUCUGAUUCAUGACCCAGCAGGUUAGGCUGACUGGUGUAGUGUGCUGUAAUUAAUCAAAACAGAGCCAGAGUGAGCACAGGUCUGCCCUCUGACGGAUCUGUCCAGUGACGGGUGGCACUGGAAGGGGGAUUAAUCAGUGACGUCCCCCUGGAGGUGUUGGUCCUGGUUUAUCAUUUUGAUUUUCUGAAUUUGGUUGGUUGUUGUGAGCAUUUUGUUAGCGGUCCUCGUUAGCAAUCAUCGUUAGCGGUACCACGUGACUGAUGUUCUGUGGCAGCGGCCCACGUUUUUGCCAUUCGAAGUCAUAUUUAACAUUCCAAUCUUUCUUCUGUGUUUGAGAUGUCAUCGUGUCAUGGCAACAUCAGUUACUGUACAUUUAUGUUUGUCCAGUUCUCAUGACAUACCAGCAGUGGUUUGUCCAGGAUGGGCCAGUUGUUUGGUAUUUAUUGGUUUAAUUUCUAAGCUAAUGUGUUGGUUUUCCAGGUCAAGUGUACAUUUUCUGUAGGCCUGGAAAUGGUUAUUUAAAAAAAAAAUGUAAAUCUUGUACCUGAAAGAGUCCAGUUUGAUCAGUCAUUACACAGAAUAGCAAGCACAUAUGCGUGCACACACACACACACACGGGCCUGAUUCUGUCUGAGAUUUCACUUUUCAGAGCGACGUGUGACACUGCGUAUUCAGAGGGGAUUCCCUGGAAACUUUGUUUUUAAGAACUGUUUAUUCUCCGUUGAAUCCUGAUGUUCUAUUGGCCAGUGCGGGUGGGGUGAGGGUGUGUCUCUUACACAGGGCCUGUCUAAUGAUCAGAAAAACAUAACUGAUGCCCAAAGACACGAGGCAUUUCUUGGCUUUGACGUCAUUUUGAUGAUGCUUGUAAAUAGCUGCAGUUCUUUCUACUGUAUCUGUGUUCAUAAUAAAUGUUUUUAUAAAGCA